GCAAGGUAACGACUGCAAGUACAACUCCGAGCUCAAGCUGCUCUGUCCGACACACGCCAACACAGCAGCUGCUCUCAACAUCAGCAGCCUGUUCUUGCCUUCGUCUCUUUCUUUACGACCACCAACGUCUUGAAUUGUACAUUCCAGGAGAAUGUCGCAUGUAAGCAAGAUAACUGCUGAGCGGAAUCAAAAGGCCCUGCUCGACUUGGCCAUGUUACCGGGAAAUGAUGUUUGUGCGGACUGCAAAGCUAAGACUCCGAGAUGGGCAUCGUAUAAUCUGGGCAUAUUCAUAUGCAGCAUGACUUGUGCUAGUAUCCAUAGAAAGAUCGGAACCCAUGUCACUAAGGUCAAGAGCCUGACUAUGGACUCGUGGACCAAAGAGCAGGUCGAACAUAUGAAGGAAAUGGGCAAUAUCAAGUCAAAUGCGAUCUACAACCCGAACGAAUUGCGUCACCCUCCUCCUCCAAACAUGAUCGAUUCGGAGCGAGACAGUGACUUGGAAAAGUAUAUUCGAUCAAAAUACGAGUACAAGUCGUUCUUCGACCGUAGUGCUUUGGUUGCGUCAAAACUCGGACCUUCACGCUCAGUAUCUAACAGGCUAUCCACCUUUUCUGCUGCGCACUCGGAAACUAAAGCCCCAGAGAGUUUAUCGUCUCAACCAUCAGCACGCCCGUCAUCGAUCGCUGUCACGAACCCAGCGUCGUCGUCAAGCACGACCCAAUCAAUACCACAUGUCCAACAGUCUGCAGCCGCACCUUCGAACCCAGCUGUGGUAACUGCCAGAGCUCCGUUUCGCUCCGUUUCGCAACCAGGUCCUGCACAACCUAGUGUUCAACCGCCUAUCUCACAGCCUCAAGUGCCCUCUAAUAACCCGACAUGGAACGACCUCAUAUCUUUACAAACGCCUUUUUCUAAUGCUUCGCUACCUCUACAAUAUACGUCCGGUUCCUUCAACAGUCCUUCUGCAUCGACGUCACUCCCUGUAUCUAUGCAAUCGUCUGCGUUGACUCAGCCUAAUGGUACAAAUCCUUACAGUAAUCUUGCGGCCAACCCGGCAUCCGCCCUUCCUUCGUCUUUCACGCAGAUGGCUGGCAUCUCUCCCGGAGGGUUUGGGAGGAGUAUGAGCUUGAACUCUGGUUUGAGCGCUCAAGCGCCGAUGCCUACGGGUUUGGGAUUUGGCCCGAAUCUCAACGGUGGCAUCGGUGCUUCCUCCCUACAACAAUCCAACAUGCCAUUUAAUUCUACUCCAAUGAUGACUCCUACAAGUACGACACCUAGUCCAAAUCCAUUCGCACCUCAGACUUUGCCUCAGAUGCAAAACAUGGGAGGGAUGGGUCCAAAUCCGGGAUUUGGCGGAAUGAACGGGAUGUCUUCGCAACUUCAACUACAGCCAAAUUUCACAUCACAACCAUUCCAACAACAACAAACGUAUCAGUCGCAAAUGUCGGCGAUGCAACAACCCCAAAUGUUCCAGCCGCAAGCGGUGCAAUACCAAGCACCGAUGAAUACGAACCCGUUUACGCACCAAACACAGACGCCUCAGCUGCAGACACCCUUCUCUUCACCGCAAUUCGGCAGCACUCCUUCACCGAUGAUGGGUAUUCAAGGAUUGCCGCAGAUGCAACCAAUGCAGCAACAACAACAGUCUCAGCAAGCAUUCGGUGGCGCAAACCAGUUUACGAGUUGGGUGCAGGGGCCGAGUCAGAAUGGGUUCAAUGGUCAGCAGCAGCAGCAGUGGGGUGGUAUGUGAGUGCAUUCUUGUCCUGGGAUUCUGGACUCGUGGAAUAGUAUUCGUAUGUACUUUCGGUAUGGACAAUUAAUGGGUACUACUGUUCGUCAUGUUGUCAUGUUUUUCUUAUUCUCUGAUAUGCACAUUGGACUGCUCGCCAAGAGACAGCUUUUUUGCUCCCGUAACUGGUAAAUACGACUUGAUAUAGGUAACGUCAUUCCUGUUUUUGCGAACGAGAUCGGUUUCAAAGGUGAGUGAAAUCGUUCCUACCAGACCAACUCAUACUGACCACCCUCUGUAUCUGUAACCAUAUAGAUGCAUGGGGAAGAUUCUGAUGGUGUUGAUUACAGCCGCGUCUACGGUCACAUCGCUAAAGAAAACAAUAGGAUUUCC